CAUCAGCAAUAAAACCCUUCUUUCUCUCUCUCUCUCUCUCUCUCUCCCCCCGCCAUAAAUGCCGUCGCACCCUCUCUAUACGCUCUGCAAUAACUCCUCCGCUGCCACAUCUUCUCCACAUGUUCCCCUUUCCUUCUUCACCUUCUCAUCACCUCCUUCAUCACAUCCUCUCUCUCUUCGUCCCUUUCUUUCUCUGUCAUCCCAACAUCCCCCACUAUUCUUCUUAAAUUCUAUUCACAAGAAAGGCACCACCCACAAUAAACCUGAAAACCCAACCUCAUUUAGUAUCCAAUAUCUGCUUUAUUAGCAACCCUUUAACUUGAAUGGCAGAUCUGCACCUUCUCUCUUUGGCCUAAACCCUAAUUCUUGAAUAGGGUUUUCUCUGUCAAAGUUUCAAGAAAGAGAUCAGUUGGAAACGGAAGAGAAGAAAGAUUUUGAGUUGGAGUCCACCGAAUAUCUCGCUGGCGUUAUAUGUAACACCAGUUUGAAAAUAGCUAAUGUCAAAGGCCAGUUCAGACUGUCAUUUCUUUUGUUAAUUUUUCUCAUUAUAGUCUUUGGGCGCGUCAAUACAGACACAGAUAAAAAGUCUUGUUAGAAACCCCAAAAAGAAAACAUAAAAAGUCCUUUGCUAGUAUAUUGUUACAUGUAACCAUCCCAUUUGUUUUGCCCCAACACUGACACACAAUCCUAUUUAACUCAACGCCCCAAAUUUCGUAUCCCAAAAAGCGAAAUCCCAUUACACCUUAGAGAGAGAAACCUAGAGAGAGAGAGAGAGAAAAGAAAAGCUUUCUAGGGUUUCUUGGUAAAAAUGUGCAGCUCUGAGGAUGGAGUCUGAUGAUAUGAAUUUUCCGGCAAGUUGGCAAAGCUCUGUGUCUGACCGGAACUAUAAGGUAAUUGCAAAACUCUAGCUUUUCUCUGCUGCGAAAUAUAGAUAUAUACAAGUGAAGAUGUUUCAGCCGAACAUAUUCGAGAGCCACCAUCACCUGCUGGACAUGGCCCAUAAGACCCCAGAAAAUGAGAUGGACCUCAUCAGGGAUGAUGAGUACGAGAGUAAAUCAGGAACUGAUAUAAUGGAAGCUCCCUCGGGUGAUGAUCAAGAUCCCAAUCAACGGCCUAAUAAGAAGAAACGAUACAAUCGCCACACCCAGCAUCAAAUCCAGGAAAUGGAAUCGUUUUUCAAGGAAUGCCCUCACCCUGAUGACAAACAAAGGAAGGAGCUUGGUCGCCGACUAGGAUUAGAGCCUUUGCAAGUGAAAUUCUGGUUUCAAAACAAGCGCACCCAGAUGAAGGCUCAACAUGAACGCCAUGAGAACACCCAACUGAGAAAUGAGAACGAGAAGUUGCGGGCCGAGAAUAUACGCUAUAAAGAAGCUCUCAGCAAUGCUACUUGUCCAAACUGUGGAGGCCCUGCCGCCAUUGGCGAGAUGUCAUUUGACGAGCAGCAUCUCAGGAUUGAGAAUGCUCGCUUGAGAGAAGAGAUUGAUAGAAUAUCCGGGAUAGCCGCGAAGUAUGUUGGGAAACCAAUGCUAUCAUAUCCUCAUCUUCCACCUGGAGCAUCGCGUUCACUGGAUCUUGGAGUGGGGAAUUUCGCCCCACAGGCAGGCAUGACUGGGGAGAUUUAUGGAGCUGCUGAUCUUCUAAGAUCAGUAUCUGGCCCAACAGAUGCUGAUAAGCCAAUGAUUAUUGAGCUUGCUGUUGCAGCCAUGGAAGAGCUGAUAAGAAUGGCUCAAAGUGGAGAGCCUCUGUGGAUUCCCAGCACGGACAAUUCAGCUGAGACAUUGAGUGAGGAGGAGUACGUGCGGACAUUCCCACGUGGGAUUGGGCCGAAGCCCUUGGGAAUGAAAUCUGAGGCCUCUCGAGAGUCAGCUGUUGUGAUUAUGAAUCACAUCAACCUGGUGGAGAUCCUGAUGGAUGUGAAUCAGUGGUCAAGUGUGUUUUCUAGUAUAGUCUCUAGAGCAAUGACUUUGGAGGUAUUAUCGACUGGCGUGGCCGGCAACUACAAUGGAGCUCUACAAGUGAUGACCGCUGAGUUCCAGGUCCCUUCUCCAUUGGUCCCAACUCGGGAAAACUACUUUGUGAGAUAUUGCAAACAACACGGCGACGGGACUUGGGCCGUGGUUGAUGUUUCUUUGGACAACCUGAGACCUAGUUCUAUAUCCAGAUGCAGGCGAAGGCCGUCCGGUUGUUUGAUUCAAGAACUGCCCAAUGGUUACUCCAAGGUCACAUGGGUUGAACAUGUCGAGGUGGAUGAUAGAGCUGUUCAUAGCAUCUACAAACCACUAGUCAAUUCUGGACUUGCAUUUGGUGCAAGACGUUGGGUGGCAACACUCGACCGGCAAUGUGAACGACUAGCAAGUGUUCUGGCCAAUAACAUUUCAGCUGGAGACGUUGGGGUGAUAUCUUCUCCAGAAGGUAGAAAGAGUAUGUUGAAACUGGCUGAAAGAAUGGUGAUGAGUUUCUGCACUGGUGUGGGUGCAUCAACUGCACAUACAUGGACAACACUGUCUGGAAGUGGCGCCGAUGAUGUUCGUGUCAUGACCCGGAAAAGCAUGGAUGAUCCAGGGAGACCUCCUGGUAUUGUACUCAGUGCUGCAACUUCAUUUUGGCUCCCAGUUCCACCGAAAAGGGUUUUUGAUUUCCUGCGCGAUGAGAAUUCCAGAAGUGAGUGGGACAUUCUCUCUAAUGGUGGCCUAGUUCAAGAAAUGGCUCAUAUCGCCAACGGCCGCGAUCCGGGCAACUCAGUUUCUUUACUGCGUGUUAAUAGUGCAAACUCAAGCCAGAGCAACAUGCUGAUACUACAGGAGAGUUGCACUGAUUCGACAGGCUCCUACGUUAUCUAUGCUCCCGUUGACAUCGUCGCAAUGAAUGUGGUCUUAAGCGGGGGUGAUCCCGACUACGUUGCCCUCUUACCAUCUGGUUUUGCUAUACUGCCUGAUGGACCUAAUAAUCAAAGUGGUGGAAUUCCUGAGGUCGGAUCCGGCGGAUCCUUGCUCACUGUUGCCUUUCAGAUAUUAGUUGAUCUGUUCCGACAGCAAAACUCUCUUUGGGCUCAGUGGCAACUGUUAACAGCCUUAUCAAGUGCACCGUCGAAAGGAUCAAAGGUGCAGUCUUAUGUGACGGUGCAUGACCGAAGGGUCAUCCUCCUGUGACAACCGGAAAAUGAAUGAGGACAAAGAAGGAUUUGUUUACAAUAGGAUGCAAAAGAAGGGAAGAAGUCAAGAACGCACCUCGCAUAAUCCUUGCCGUCUGCUGUUUAUCUUUGACAAAAACAAAAGGAAAAAGAGAUGAGGCAGACAGACAUUCAGCAGGCUGCAAGGGUAAUAGGUUCGGGUAUUGACUCUGCCCAUCAAAUUAGAUCAAGUAAACAAAGACCUUGUUUACAACAUCAAUCAAUUAAUGUAUGCAAACAUCUUAUGUAUCUUUUGUUAAUUUCGUGUCAGGGUUUUAGGCUUUUAAUUUUGUUUUAGCAGCAGCACUACUAAUUAAUUGCUUGUCUAUGUCUUCUGAAAGAGGGUUUUCAGUUAUUAGGCCAUGGAUCCUCAAUCUAAUUAGUCUUUUUUAACAAUCA